CUUCACUUGCAGGACUGCUAAAUUUCAGUGCUAGCUGCCAGCAGGCUCAGUCGCAGUACUUGUGUGUCACUGUGCUGUCGUGUGUCCUUUCUGGUCCUUGACGGGAGCUCAGUUUAUCGUCGCUUGUGUGAUGGAACUGGACAAAAUGGAUGAAAACGACUGGAAGUAUCACGGAGAAGGAAACAAGAGUCUGGUGGUCUCUCACGUACAGCUCUCCAGAGUUUUACGUUUGCUCAAGUAUCCGGCAGAAGACUCUGAAAAUCCACCACAGACAGCAGAACAGGCGUACAGGCAGAUCCAGAACAUCGUUGACUUCAGCUCCAACGUGAUGAGCAGCCUGCUGGGGGAGAAGUUCAUCCAUAGCGGGGAAGUGGUCAAACUACCUCUGGAGUUUGUGCGACAACUAUCCAUCAAAGUUCAGCAUCAAAGGCCGGCUUGGCGCUGUGAUAAGGUGAUGGACAUCUACAGCGGCUGCGCGCUCUGCCUGCCCAACCUGACGUCUCCAGCUGUGCACCAGCCAACACACACCCCCCCACUCUGCAUCGAGAUCAAGCCUAAAUGUGGCUUCCUGCCGUCCCCCAAACACGUCAGCAAAGACAUAAAGACCAAAGUGUGCCGCUACUGCAUGCACCAGCACUACAAGGUGGCCAACGGGAAGUGGAAGAGAUGCAGUCUGUAUUGUCCUCUGGACCUGUUCUCAGGGAACAGACAAAGAAUGCACUUUGCCAUCAUACACCUGAUACAAGAACCUCAAAACAACUUCAAAAUAUUUAAGGGUGGUCAGUGUGUUUACAGCAGUAAGGAGGGCAGUGACGACUCGCCCGACAUGAACUCACUGCUGCAUCACCUCAGACCUUACUUCCUGUGUGGAAACAAUCGAAUCAACAGUCAAAUGACCAGCAAAGCAGUCUUGAAUGACUUCAUUCAGGUCCUGAUGAACGCUCUGCUGAGUGGUGGAGGAGGAGGAGAUGGAGGAGUGGUGACUGACAGAGGAGGCGAAGAGCGGAGCUUCUGUGAAGCUAGCCAGUUCAAAGACAGGAUUUGCCACGGCUCUCAGGGUUUACCCAGAGACAGCGUUUUGUCCAGAAUCCUUCAGACUCAGAUGUUGGACACGUUGGACAUAGAAGGACUUUACCCUCUGUACCGCCAAGUAGAACAACACCUGCAGGACUUCCCCAAAGAGAGGACUCGUCUCCAGAUAGACGGACCAUAUAAUGAGGCCUUCUUGGAGAAGGUGCAGAAAUGUUCGAUGGAGGACGACGGCUCUGUGGAGUUCGCUGCUGCUAAGGUCCAUCAGUAUCGGAUUGCCAUGACAGCCAAGGACUGCUCCAUCAUGGUUACCCUUGUGCCUGGUGAUGCAGAGGAGGGUGAUGCUGAAGGUCUCUCCACACAGAGGCAGCUCAGAGACUUCAGACCUCCGGCUUUCUCCUACUCUGUCUCCAUCUUGGACUUGGACCCGAAGCCGUUCGACAGCAUCCCCCGCCAGCUGCGUCUGGACCAGAAGAUUGUCUCUUGCUACUUAAGGACUGGUGGUGCCUUGCCAAAAGGCUCUUUGCCGCUGCUCCCAAGCAUCAUCACGUCCGCAGAGAGGGAGGACUGCACGUUACUCUUCCACCCCAUGUGAAUGAAACCAGCUCCACAACGAUGCCUCAAACCGGAAACGCCAUGACGAGGAGGUUCAGAAUCAUUUCACGUCAGUGCCUCAGUGAUGGCUUAGUAGCUCUGACAGCUGCUACUUAGCAAACAUAACACUUGAAGGAAGUUGCCACUCAGUCUAGUUAUUUUUGUUACUUAUUCACUUGCAUGUGUUGCCAUGGUAAUGCAGCUUCCUGAUCCAGUCAAGAGAAAUCACAACGUCACCGCUUUCUUCUGUAUUGGUUUGUAUUUAUCAGAAAACUUAAAGUACUUUAUCUUUUUGAUGACACAAAUAUUUUUCUCUUGAUUGGAUCUAAGCAGUUGUCAUAGCAACAAAUUCUGACCCCUUUCUGCACCAUGGUGACACUGCAGGUCAGAUGAGAAAUUAGAAGGUAAACAGGAAGCAGUGCAGAGAUAUGUGAUGUCAUGGGAGGCAUAACCAUGGUGACCGAAGCACUUGCUACCUCUGCUGUAGCCAACACGGCGGAUCUGACUGCUAUUCAUUUUGAGUUUCUGGAUGCAGGAGAUGGUUGUACCCACAAUGCUUUUCUUUCAUUUAAAGUAGAGGUUUUGAUUAUUUUUUUAAAUCCACAUCUUCACUGCAGACACCUUUACAGGAUCAGUACACCCAACAUGAACAGGAUUUGUUUAUAGUGGGAACGACAGUUUUCAAAGUGCUGAAGUUAAAUCAGCAGCGUAUACGGCAGAGGUUUUCUCAUCAGCAGGGCUUUUGAACCAGGAUUGGUUUCUACUGCUACAGUGACCUUUUAUAACCAAACUGACACACUGAUUUAAUGUGUUUCAAUAAUCUGGGUAAACUGACCCUUUACCAGUUCUUUAACAGGUUUCUACCAUUCCUGCUGACUAAUCUGGUGAUGUGCAAGUUGGUAAACUUACGGUCACAUUUUGCUUCAGUUCUUUGAACAUCUGCGCCAUCGCUCCACACUGAAUUAAGCAAAUCAGAUUUGUGCUGCAUCAUGAAGGCGAUGUGGCCGUGCAGGAGCAGGUCUGCUAGAUCUGAUGAAAGCAGUCGGGCUCACCAGAGUGAAGGGCUGCUGUCGGGCUGAGCUUCAUACUGCUGCUCUGCUGGUUUUUAUGCCAUAAAUGGGUUGUUGUGUGUGUGUGUCUGUGCUUGUGCCUAAGUGUUGUGGUGGGACCGACGGAUGGAGGUGGUGCAUGUUUGUUUAAAAAAAAAAAAAAAAAACUCACUUUGUUACAGGCUGCGUUCACAUCGGCUUUGGUUGAAGCUGAUUCGAAUCAGUUUCUAAGCUGCUGUGAACACAGCUGUGAACUCUCAAUACCUCGAACUCCUGACAAACCAGACAAUAUUUGAAAAGCGGUGUGUUCAGGAGCACUAGGAGAGUUCUGAGGGCGGUGACAUCACCCAGAGGAGGUGUGUUUUUUGACGUUGAGUACAUUCAGUUUUUCUCCUGGGGAUUUCCCGUCCCGAUGAACCUGUGCCUCUGACAGAGGCUUUAGAUGAACUGGUAACACUUGACCUCAGUUCCUGCUCUGUGCCCACUUUCCCACCUGCAUGAUCUCCAUUGGCCAAUAAAAAACACACUACAAGGACUGAAAGAACGCCCUUCUACAACUGACGCCUUGCUCAUCAGCCAAUCAGGUAUCAGCAGCAAAGUCACUGAAAAAGUUUAAAGCUGAAAUCUCACCAAACAUGCCUGGUCGUCAUGGAGACGGAGAGUGGACAGCAGAGAACUGAACUGACCACUAAUUGUUGUAACUAUUGGACUAAAUGUGACGGACAGCAGGGCGGCACCGCUGAGGCGGAGGGGAGUCGGAUCAGAGGGGGUGUGAUGACUGAGGUCUGGACGUGACACAGUUGUUAUUGAUCUUUUUAAAUGUUCACACACACAAACCGAUCGAUCAGGAACAUUCAAAUGACACUAAAGGAAAGGUUGCUCAUUUAAACUAAAUGUUCAGAUUUUUCUUUCAUUUUCUUGAAUGUGAUGAUCAGAAAACAGUAUGAGAACAUUAAAGAUGUAAAGUGUGAGAAUUAGUUUACAUGGCAGCUUUAACUUUUUUUUUUUUUUUUACCAAGUUAGAUGAGCUACAAAGAUUCAGUGUCUGCAGGUUGAGAUGCUGUCAUCUACAUGUAAAGU